AUGGAUGCUGCAUCCGAGACUUCAACUGCCGCCAAGAGGCGGACAAGGCGGAUUCCUGACGAGUUCCGGAAGCGGAAUGCUCAGAGCUGUGACCGCUGUCGCAAGGUGUGUACCGUCUCCAUCUGGGACGGGACACGUUUCUAUGGGAGCUUGGAUGAUCUUAGCGAUAGAUAUCGCUGUCUCGAGGCCAUCGUCAAAGGCGCCUUUCCAAAUGAGACUCUCGAUACAGUCAGCGACCUUGCAAAAUUGGGCCGGCGGAUGGGAUACAGCAUGCCCAACAUGGCUGACCCCAACCGAAAACAAGUAGCUAUUGAGAAUAUCGUGCAAUCGCCUGCUCAGCACACUCCAACCGGUCCUGAUGCCUCUGCUGUCACUACUCAGUCUACAGAGAGUGACGCUUCUUCAACGGGGAUCAAGUCGCAGAGCGAGGAACCUCAGGCUUCACUGGUCAAGGAUGUUUCUGGCCACGAGCAUUACAUCGGUCCUUCAGGCACGCUCAACUUUUGGAACCAGCUUCGCAAGCUUGUCGAUGCCAACAAUAGCCCUCAUGAGUCUCCCGGUCGUGAAGGCUCCACGAAGUUCACCCAGGACAACACUUCUCGUCUUCUUGAAGCCGAUGGUCAAGACGACGAUACUACAGGCCAGCAAGGGGCUGUCGAAGCAGCUCCCCAGGAUGGACUUUCCCCUGGUUCAAUCACUUCUGCUAUUGCCCGCGACUUUACCCGCCUUCCAACUGCCGACAUGAAUGAGAUACUGAGACAACUCCCAUCCAAUGACGCUUUGGAACAGCUAAUUCAAUCAUACUUUAAAAACGUCCACGACGACUUUCCUCUCUUUCACCGGGCAACAUUCGAGGAUGAGUACGAAUUGUACAUUGUACAAGCUCGACGGCAUCCUCAAAUUGGACCAUCCCGACGGCGUCCGUUGCCAGACUGGGGCUGGAUUGGCUGUCUUCACAUGAUGAUUGCUUUUGGCUCUAUUGCAGACAGAACUAUCCAAGGUGUUGACCACACAGCGCUUCGACGAAAGUCUGUCACGGUUGCUAGAGCUCUGCUGCCACAAUUCAUCUCCAAGUGCUCACUCACAAAUGUGCGAGUGCUACUGUUACUGGCAUUAUUUCUGCACAACAACAAUGAGAGGAAUGCAGCUUGGAAUCUAACUGGAACUGCAACCCGCAUCUCGUUUGCACUCGGUCUCCAUCGAUCAGACAUGAGCUCCUCUUUUCGGCCUCUAGAGAGGGAGAUUCGGAAAUGGGUUUUUUGCACCCUUUACUCUUUUGAACAGUUCUUGGCUUCUAGCCUUGGCCGACCAAGUGGGCUGCAAGAAUUGGAUGUCGAGAUUGUUCCUCCAAGGGAAGGGUUUGUCGAUGGUGGCAUCGGCACGGAUGCCAAGCUUGUCUCUUGGUCACUCAAGCUUCAAGGCAUCCUGGCAAGAACCCGUCUUCUUCAUCUUGGAACGACCCGUGUCUCUUCGGCACCUACCCUUGACGAGAUUAUGACUGCGCUGGAAACAUGGAAAAGCGAGAUUAGCAAGGCCCCUGGCUUUGACGUUCCGUGGGUCAAGAGUUCGGGUUCAGGCCUCACUGACAACGCCAACGCUAUGGACAUGGAGGAUCUCAAGGUGUCUUUGGCGUGGAAAACUCGUGCUCAGCUUCGCGCUGUUCUUCUUUUACAUGUCCAGUUUCAUUACAUUGCCAUCGUGGCAACACGACCUCUUCUACUUCGAGAUGUUGCGUUGACGCGAAAGUCGCCCACGGGUUCCCCAGCGCCAUCUAUGCCUCUACACUCUGCUGUAUGCGUCAAGCACGCUUGUCAGUUGAGUUACUUGAUCAUUCUGCUGGACCAUUUUGAUGUUAUCAAUGGUCUUUCGGGGCUCGACAUAUUCUACGCCUACUGCUCGGCCAUGGUCUUAAUCCUUCGACUACUCCGGCUUCGUCCCGGCGAGAGCACAGAGGAUGUCGGCAAUGAAGAGGCCUCGUUGCAGACCAGAAUCGGGCAUCUCGUUUCAACACUUCGCGGUGUGAUAAGUCGCACCGAAAAAUCAGGGUCCAUGAAGCGACUCGCUCAAGUCGUCGAUACUUUUUCCGAGUGCGCCAACAAUCCCAACGAAGCACCCAGCUCGCCCCCUCUAGGAUCAAACAUCAACGGCGUAGCUCAUCAUGCUUCCGGGAUAAUGAAUACCUCUCAGUCCGAGUUUGGUCAAGCGAUGACACUUGGCUCCAUGGAGGGCUUGAUAGACUUUUUGCCUUUUCCUGGGUUUGGGACGAUUGAAGGUUCCAUGACACAGUUUAUGCCAGGAGGGGACGUGACGAUGCCUGAAUGGUCUGAUAUGGAGUUGUUUAUGGGAGGUUUUGGGGAACAGGGCAGAACAGCAUUUUAG